CAAUGCGUUCCGACUGAAAUCACCUGGGAAGUCGACCAAUCUUCACCUCCUUUUACUUUACUCGUCGGCUCUCCUUCCGAUCCCUCUCAAAGCUUCCUUCGCGCCGACGGGCUCGGUGGCACGUCCGCCGUAUUCACCAUCAAUAUUACAGCCGGGACACGAGCUACCAUUGUGCUAGAGAACGAUGAUGGGAUACUUGCCCAGAUUCCAGACAUUGUCGUGCAGGCUGGAAUAGAGAGCAGCUGCGCAGACAGUGUUGAGGGCGGGUCUAACGCGGAGGCAGCUUCGACGGGUUUAGGUCUUCCUGGCUUCACGUCAGCCACCUCGACGUUUUCCCCUAGUACUUCCGCAGCUUCACAUACGUCGACGGCCACAAUUUCUUCGACUCCCGGAUCAACAUCUCCCGCCAUCUCUUCUAUCUCCAACGCACCAACAAAUUCCGGCUCAAUUACCGCGUCCUCCUCU